GCCGCCCAAGUUCCCUUCAGUCAGUCUCUGUGAGCGCUCGCGUGCGGACAUUCUCGUUUUCAAAAUCGCAAAAUAUAUACUGUUUCCUUAUUAUGAGCGGACAUUGUUUGUAGUAAAAGAUCCGUGUGACCUUCGUCGUUUAAGAAUAAAAAUAUUACCAGUCAGUGGCUAGUGCAGUGCAGUCAUAACAAUGAUAGACGUUAAUUGACAUAACAUAUAAAUUUCAGUAAAAAUAAAAAUCAAAACAAAAUUCAAUCAUGACGGAAAUAAUCCUCCAGUUUUGCUAGCGCAUACUAGCUUUAAAAAACUGUAUUUGAGCUAUCAAUGCUAAAUUACAGGCUUGUUUCAACGCAUUUUUUGAAACAGCCGUGAGUGUUUACAUAGAGAGUUAUAUAUAAAGAGACUCCGUUGUUACAAUAUGUGCCGUGAUAGAGAUAUGUUGGUGCAAAAGGACAUCAUAAAGUAAACUUUAGGCGGGGCCUAGUCUAGUUUUUAUUUUACCGUCAAAACGGCGGCCGAAUUGGCGCUGCCUUUACGUUUUGUUUCUUUCAUUUUGUUUUACAUAAAAGGAUAAGCAAUAACCCGGUUGUUUGUGAUUGGUUGUUAUCCGGGCCGGGUCUCGACUAAGCUCGGGACCCAGAUCUACCCUGGCCAGUCGGAGCCGGCACAACAUUUCCAGAAUCUUGGACUCCAUUGUAGGAGCUGCGAGAUAUUGUAUUAAUACUAUGGUAGAUAAAUGGUAGUGUUUACUGUAAGUACUAGAAUUAAUCUUAUAAAGUAGGUGUCAUAAAGUAGGUAAUCUUAAGUAUCUAUAAUUAAUGUUAGUACAAUUUUGUUGGACGCGUCCCAAAUAAGGUGACAAGCUGUCAGAACUUUUUUUACUAUGCUUAGCCAUUUUGACAUUAAUUGUUUUCUUUGUUUGCAAAGAUCGUGCAUAUUUUUUAUGGUCAAUAACAUUGGCAGUAGGUACACAGCAGACAGAACCUCACCGUUUAAAAGUUACGUCAGCAUCAAAAAUUUAAUUUCAGAAACACAUAACGGCAGAUCUCUUUUGGCAAUUUGGGAAAUUAAUUUCGAAAUAAAGUUAUAGCCUGAAGCGAACAUGGUUCUAUUGGAAAUUCAUCAGGGCUACGGGCACGAUUCAGAGUGCUCGAGCGAGCGACGUGUUGUAAUAUCUGGACACGGCUGGCGUGCGCAGUGCCGUGAGCGUCACGAGCGGGAGAAGGAGAGGGAAGAUAUGGCAGCGCCCGAGUGCGAGAGGGAGGCACGCAAGCGUCGCGAGCGCCGCGACUCCGGCUGUGCUCAUGAGCGGAAAGAGCGAAGACCUCACAGCGAGGAGCGGACGCCGCCACCUCCGCCCCCGCCUCCGCUACACGACCAUAACAGACUUGAGUCGGAACGUCGUGCUGAAAGACUGUCCCGCGCCCGUCGGCCGCAACUGGGCGGCAAACGUCGUCGUGGCCCAGCACGUCUGCCGCGUCAACCCAAAGAGAACGAUUACCACGAUCACGGCCACGAAGACAUUCGUAUCGCCACACCGCCGUUCUUCGACUAUGUCGUGCAACAAAAACCUGAACUAUGUGAAGAAUCCCAGCCGUCAAUGGAGGCUAUUGCAAGCGAACGUCACGAAGAAGCAGAGUAUACUCGUCGUGAUGAACGCAGUGAGCCUCCGCGCCGCGCGCAACCCAGCCCGGAUAGGAGGCUUGAGAAGAUCAGCAAAAAGAUCACGGUCCUCAAGAAAAACAUUGCCAAAUACGAGAGCGAAUUCGAAGUCAAACACGGCUACAGCAUAACUCAGGGGGAACGUAUGACGAAUGUCCAACUGACUCGAAUGUACGAAACGCUACGGCAGCUUCAACUGGAGAAGAAGUGCAUCAAAGCUGAUCCCGUGGAGUACGCCCUGAAGUUACAAGCAGCGAAACAGCAGAAGGAAAGAGAUGAUAAGCUGAACGUAGCUCUGAAGAGUGAUAAGCCCAUGGCUGAUGUUGUGGUGGAUAUUGAAGAGUGGGUAGAAGGGUGUAGGCAGGCAGAGGGUAGAGCUUCUGUACCAGAAACGAACUGGACCCCAGCUCAGUUGGCGGCGGAGAAAGCUUGCGUCCAACGAGCCCUACUCCGACUCGAGGCCGCCCGGGGCAGGCCGCCCGCACACUCCGCGGAGAGGGGCGCGGCCCGACAUCUCUAUGAAAGAUACAGAGCCGUCAAACGUGCCCUCGCUACACAUAGACCUGAUUCGAUAAUCGGUGGCACUAAUGGCGAGUUGGCCACAAUACACGAACAUGAAACGAUGCUGUUCAACACGAGCGUUGACAGCUCCAGCGAUUCGCAGGACAAACCUUCAGAUACAUCACAGGAGAAUGAAGACGCUCUUCAAUCACCGCCAAUACGCGAUGGCGAGGAGUUGCCGUCGUCGACUUCCUCCGCGCCCUCCGCCACCAGCGAGGAGGCACCCAACGAGGGGCUGCACUGUCUCGGCUUGGAGGAAUUAGGGCGAGCACUCGCUGAGGCGAAGAUGCAGAAAUGUAUCCUUCGAAGGUGUAUUAAAGACUACGAGGUCAACUUUGAACAACAGAAUAGUAGGAAGGUGCAGCGAGACGAUAAGAAAAGCAAGGAGGAGGAGUACCAGAAAUAUAAGACGAUUAAAGCCAGGAUCAAGUUAUUGAAUGCAUUGAUCAAUAAACAGAAAACUUCUGCUUGAUGAGAAAAAAAUAUUCGCUUUUUAAAUUACAAAUGAGACUUUCAAAUCAAAAUCUAUAACUGUAUUUUUUUUUAUUCUAAAUUUAAAUUUGCUAUUGUGUAAUGUCGGUGCCAAAUAAAAUAUGACAUAUUAUAUUUAUGACAUAUUUUAUUUUAUUACUUAAGACUUUUUUUUUUCAUAACACCUACCUACAUCUAUCCGGUUGAGUUGUAUGAUGUAAAUAUUGUAUUUAAAAUUUUACUUUCGCUUCGCGUAAUAAAUGCAGCCAUUUGCAAUGCUUAUAAAAAGUAAGUUAUUUGUAUUAAGAAUUUUUUUUUAUGAUAAAGACGUCCGAAGAGGUUCUAUGAGGAUAUAAAAGAGAUGGGAAUGAGAGUGACAAUAUUCAGUAUUAUAAAUAAAUAAACUUUGAUUACGAGUAUUAUACAAUCGCGAUGAUUUUCGCCGAAUUGUAACCCCUUUAAUAAAAUGAAAGCACCUGAAAUAUACAAAUGAUUUCUAUGUUUAAAAACGACUAUAAAUGUGACGUCAUUUCCCUUAGAAGUUUUUAAAUCAGUGUGUACAUUAAAUAAGUAUUAUGGAAUCCAGAUAUAAUGUUCUAAAUGAUGUAUUUGUCUUGAUAGAUUUAAUUCUCAAACACUAAAAGCCUAUAAAAGGAGGUGUGCGCCUAGUACGAUGUAAGAAUAGUUACCGGUAACCUGAAUAACGAACUUUUCUUUUUUUUAAAUUUCUCUGUCAUAUUGUCGAAGAUUGUUCAACAAACAGUCUUGGUUAAGGAUUGCUUUAACAUGUUUGUGACUUUCCCGAUAUCUUGUGUUUCAGCUUAAUAUUUUUUUUUAUUGUCUCAGUAUUAUUGAAACAAAAACUAAUUUAUUUUUUUUGUAUUUGGUUAAUUACGUCGUGAAAUGUGUCAUUGGCUUUAUAAAUCUUAAAUCAUCAAACAUAAAGGUUUGAGGACGAAUAUUUUUUCAUAAUCUGUUAAAAAAUGAUAGAUUUGGAUUGUGCCGUUAAUAGUAUAUACUUAUUAUAAUCAAACAAGAUGUUACCUUUUGUACUUACAAGAUGUCUUUUUUUAUAUUUAUUGUAUAAUUUUAAUUACAUUUUGUUUAUAGAUGGGAUACGUUUGUUACUUUCUGUGGGUUAUAUCGAAUAGAGCCCUAAUCUCUUUGAGAGAAAGUGUAAAUUUUAUAUAUGUCUAGUCAGUAAGUAAUCACCUGUGAUUUAUAAAUUAUCAUAAAAUUCUUGUGCGACAAGACUUUGUUUUUUUAUCAAUGUUGUAGUGAGGUUUUAUGAUUUUUAAAUUAUUUAUUUAUUACGUUUGUGUUUGUCAUAUAAUUUAGACGUAUUAUUUGUAUUUUAAAAACAAUAUUUGCUGUGUGUAUUUAUGACUGUUGUUCGAUUAAAUUAUUGAACAGCUCUAUAAAAAUGGAAGGUUUUAUGAUAGUUGAAAUUUAAAUUUUAUUGAGAAUAUACGCAAAUUAACUGCAAUAUGAUGUGACAAAUAUUAAGAUUAUUGUUUGGAAUUUUUAUAAUAACGUAUUUUAUUUCAGACGAUAGUGUUAAUGUUAAUAAAAAAAUAUAUUCUGUGCCCAUAUUAUUGUGAUGUUAUAGUUGAUAUUGAUUUACGUUUUGGAUGGAUUUAAUUUUAGUUAUAAUUGUAAAAAAAAAAUUACGUCUAAACAGAAUUACGUCUCAUUUUUGUAACCGGAAAUAGAAAUGUACUUUAACUAUAUAGCAACAUAGGUUUACGAUUUGUUCAAUACAAAAAUGUUGUCGAAUAAUUCUCUUCGCGAACACAAAAGUUUUUAUUAUCCCCUGUUAUGUAAAUCACGUUGUUUUCUCCGUCGCUUACAAUCUUAACUAAUAAUUGCAUCUUAUUACUUGAUUAAAUAGAAUCUUUUAUUAAUAAACUAGAUUUUUAUAUGUAGCAGGGGCGAAUAAAAAUGUCUUGAUAAUGACAGAUUCGGUCCACUUUAUACGAUAAAUAAAAAAAGAUUAAAUGUUGAAGACGGUUGUUGUAUCUAAAGAAAUGUAAUGUAAAUGUAUCUUAAUAUUUAUUGCUAGUUAUACAAACAUGUAGCGGUCACCGAUAUUACUAUUGGAUGUUCAAUAAAAUAAUACAUAAGAGAGUAAAA